AAUCUUCACAUGUUGACAGAUCUGCAUCUGCUGAUAAUAGUGAACUCAAUAUUAAAUCAUUGAUUGAGAACUUGAAGAAUGUGAUAAUGAAGAAAUUGUUUAUGUUAUAUAUGACUGAGUCUUCUAUGUCUCUCUCUACUCUCUCUGUUUCUUUCUCUAUUACUCUCUUCUCUCAAUCUUCUACACCUGUCUCUGUGUCUGAUUCUUUCACUUCUGCUACCUCUAUUCUCACAACUUCUACUCCUGCUACUUCUGCUCUCACUGCUGUUUUUGUUACUAGCUCUUCUCAUUUCAAGAAGAUGUUACAUAGGCUCA